AUGGAGAUACUCUCAGAGCUGGUGGCAGGAGUGGUGGCGGUGGUAGCGGGGGUGGUGGUGGGGGCGGCAGUGGAGGUGGUGGAGGUAGCGGAAGUGGUGGCAGCGGUGGGAGUGGUGGCGGGAGUGGGGGCUUUGGUGGCGGCGGUGGUGGCAGCGGUGGGGGUGGCGGUAGUGGCGGCAGUGGGAGUGGUGGCAGUGGUGUUGAAAUGA